AUGAAGGUGACUAUGAGUGUGAAGGAGAGUCUGAGCGUGAAGGUGACUAUGAGUGUGAAGGUGAAGGUGAGUCUGCGCGUGAAGGUGAGUGUGAGCGUGAAGGUGAGUGUGAGUGUGAAGGUGAAUCUGAACGUGAAGGAUCGCAGGUAUGCAGACCUCACUGAAGACCAGCUGCCCUCCUGCGAGAGUCUGAAGGACACCAUUGCCAGAGCCCUGCCCUUCUGGAACGAAGAAAUCGUUCCUCAGAUCAAGGAAGGGAAGCGGGUCCUGAUUGCAGCCCAUGGCAACAGCCUCCGGGGCAUUGUCAAACAUCUGGAGGGCCUCUCUGAAGAGGCAAUCAUGGAGCUGAACCUGCCCACCGGCAUCCCCAUCGUCUACGAGUUGGACAAGAACUUGAAGCCCAUCAAGGCCAUGCAGUUCCUGGGGGACGAGGAGACCGUGCGUAAAGCCAUGGAAGCUGUGGCCGCCCAGGGCAAGGCCAAGAAGUGAAGGCACGCCAGCCGACUGCUAUCCCAGGGACACCUGCCCUCCCUGCUCACCCUGUCCUCUGCACCGCUCCCCUGCACACGUCACACUGAC